AGCAAUGGCAGUGGCAGUAUCCUUGGAUGGGUGGUCUUCUUUCAUUUUUCAUAACAAACAACAAAGAAUGCCAACUCAAGAUAGAUUUAGAAUCAUUUUCCAAAGUUUAUAAUUUUCAUAUUUCUAAUUACUCAUUGUACUUCAAUCAAUCUAUCUCACCUUUCUAAUUUUUUUAAUCUUGAAGUACCAUUUAAUUAAAUCCUAUUGUUUUGUGCAAACUAACCUAUCGGUAGGUUCAAGUCGAAUUUGUAAUUUUAUUAAAUUAUUAUUUUACAUCAAACAUGACAACUUAUGAAAGACUUUCGACUAGUUUUGACAGUAUAGAUGAAAGAGAAAACAUGACUGAUGAGGAUCAAAGACUGAAUUUGUGCUAUGAAAAUCUGUCUACAAUGCCAAAGUCUCUUGUGGAGCACUUUGCAUCCUUUGUUCGAAUUUUGGAUAUCAGUUGCAACCAGUUUAGCGACGUAUCAUUCCUGACAGACUUCCAAAACCUGCGCUCAUUGAUUUUAGACCACAACAAGAUCGAUGGAACAACGAUUUUUCCGCCUGUGCCAAGUCUGAACCUCCUAUGGUUGAAUCACAACCAGGUGGGAGUGCUUUUUCCUUUCGUGAAAAACCUGCAGAAGAGUUUUCCGGGCCUGCAACUGCUUAGCCUCAUGGGAAACCCGGGUGUGCCAGCUGAUAUCGAUGAUACCACAUUCUACCAACAUCUCCAGUACAGACUGUUCACAGUCUCGUUCUUCGCAAAACUAAAGCAUCUAGACAGUCGCGAGGUGACCUCCCACGAGCGCGAAGAGGCCCUCCGACUUUACAGGCGGCCAUUUUUGGAGCGACUGGUUGGCAACUCGUCUCAAGUUCUCAACUCGGCCUACUCGUCCUUCAAUCAGCUGUUCGGUCGCAGCAAUAGCCAAUCGCAGGUCACCAAUCGACAGCGGUCGGCGUUCAUUUAGGAAAACAGCUGAUCGAUGUCCUCAGUGACCUUGAAUCAGCUGUUUGGUCGUAACAAACGAUCAUCAGCGGUCAUUUGAGUGAACAGAUUUUAAGGUCUUUACACACGCUACGCUGAAAUAUGUCUUCGAAAGACGUAACCGUCCCAUCUCCCAAUUUUUAAAGCAAUUUUUAAGGACGUAUUUCAGCGUAGCGUAGCUAAGUGUGUAAAAACUUUUAGGGCUCAGCCACACAGUACGAUCUGCGAUUAUGAGCCGAAGGCUAAAAACGACAUCUAAAGGUGCGUGCAGAUAUACGCGCCGCGAACAUGAGCAAUUCACUUUUAAUCAGCUGAUUAUAUCUGUAUUUUCACAGAAACGGUAAGAUACAGAUAUAAAAAGCUUGGCAUCAGCUGAUUACAAGUGAAUUGCUCAUGUUCGCGGCGCGUAUAUCUGUACGCACCUUUAGACUAUUGAACAUUUAUUUACAUUAGAUUGUCACUGUGGUGUGUGCAAGGUACCAUUUAUAGAUUUAUACUGGUUGAAAUUUCCAUUUUGAUAGAAAUAUAUCACUGAAGUGAACAGUUUUUAUGAUUUUCUUGAAUUAUGUAUGAACAGUAUUGCUUAGUUUCAAAGUGUUUGUCCAUGUUACAUGCAGCUAUAUAGCCUCAGCUAUUUUUGAUGAUUUACGAAACAUAUUUUGCUAUUGUCUCUUUUCUGUUUAGGGCUACUUGUAAUAUAAAUAGAAAUACAAAUCUCAGUACCCUCUUUCAAAUUAUUUUAUCACAACAUGUUUCAGACAUUCAUGCCAUUUUCACUUGUAUUAUUUUGCUAUUAUUUAAUAUAUUGUACUAAACGUAGGGCUAAACAUACCCAACACCUUACAAGGAUAUACGACUGAGAAGUUCAAAAUAAUAUAAUUUUCCAAGUUAUUUAAUAAGCGAAGAAUAUGCUAUUUUGAUUUCAAUAUAAUAUAUGUUUGUAUUGUAUACCAAAAUAUUCCAUUGUGCCUCAAGAUGAUAAGAUCUAUAUUUAAAGUUACCUAUAUUCUAUUACCAUUCGAGCCUUGUGUAGCUGCUCAAUUUUUGCAAUAUUAUUGGACGAGUAAUUAUUUUUUUAUUGGAAAAUACAUGAUCUGCGAGUUAUUAUUUGUAUUCAAAAGUAAU